AUGCUCAGCCAACGCCUCGCGGUCCUGCCACGGCGAUCCUCGCAUAAGCAUGUCAGAUCAACGGUGCGUAGACGAGAUGGCCCAAAUCAUAUGGGGUCUGCCACUUAUGUGGACACCGCCUACGCAAAUAUUGUCCAUGCAACGUCCAACGUGCCACACCACAACUGA